GAUUUUGUUAAUCUUAGGGGAGAGGCUGCAAUGUGUCCAUCAUGCGUUCCACUUGCAGCCGAAAAUGAAUAUUGGACGGAUGAGACAAUCUGUAUGUCCUUAUUCAACUUCAAAAGCGGGGAACCUCUACCCUUAAAUGUAACUUCAGACGUAAAUCCAUACCAACAUAAACCCUCAGAUCUACCUGCUGGUUUAUGGUACUUGUGCUCUGGGGUAAAAACGGAUGCAGAGUGUGGAUUCUGGCAGGAAACCGAGGCGGCUUGUGAGAUAUUUUCUAAUUCUGCCAUCCUUGUUUUGAGAACUACCCUUCAAUUUCACGAGGGGCGGGCCCCACAUGGACGAAAGACUGAGUGGGUGAUGCAAGAAUAUAGAAUAACCAACAAGUAUGACAAUGAUCCGAUGGAUCUUAGAGCAUUAUGCAGAGUGUUUUUGGCUGAUGAAAAUAGACCACCCUCUGGGCACUGCACUGCUGAUAUUAACGUCAAAAUCUCUGUAAACUUCAAGCCAAAAGCAGUUUCCGCCAGUGACCCGAAAUCUCCGGGUCAUUUUCUUGAAAACUCAUCCAAACGGGAUUUUCAUCCGAUUCAAGUGGUUUGUUGA